UAUAUAUAUUGUAGUGUAAGCGAUAUUUUAGUAAUGUCAUUAAGAGCAAGAAAAACUAAGAAAGGAAAUGAAAAAUCAAGAGUAAUUCCAUUUAUUAAAAAAAAUAAUAAAAAUAACAAAUUUUUUGUUUGUUUCUUGGUUCUUUGUUCAUUUUCUGUUUCUUUCGUUGUUGGAUGGUCUUGGCAUCUCUGGGUUGAAAGUAGACACUACACUCCAUUUAAUGCCCCAAAAGCAAUCUUGCAUCAUGAAGAACAUUUACAUGAUAACAAAUUAUGGGGAACUUACAGACCUCAUCUUUAUUUUGGUGUUCGUGCCAAGACACCACAGUCACUUUUAUUUGGUUUGAUGUGGUUUGCUCAAUAUCCUGCUGAUGGGCAGCUUCAUAUUAGAUAUACUUGUGAACAAAGUGAUAAUUUACCAAAAUAUGGUUGGUUAAGGCAUGAUGGUGAUUCUUUUGGUUCUCAAGAAAUUGUUGACAAUGACUUUAUUUUAACAACAAAUUUCUUAAAAAAAAAUGGAGGUCACCAUGGAGGAGAUUGGACAGCUCAAGUUAAAGGAAGAAAGCGUUUUGAGAAUUCCAAGCAAGUUGUAUCUGUGAUGUUUAUUGUGACAAAUGAAGGAAAUGAAGACCUUAACCAUAUAGUUUCGGAAGGACAGUUACUAGAAGUAUAUGGGGAAACAUCUACCUUGGGUUCUUUUAAAAUAAAGUUUUUCUCAAAAGAAGGUGUUAUGAAGUUGCGCAGUUAUCUUGCAUCAUAUGAAAGUGACAUUUAUGAUGCAAAGCAAACUGUUAUGAAAAAUUUAAAGUAUUUUAAAAAAUCAAGUAGUGAACAGCUUCUUGGUUUGCCUGGAGAUGUUAAAAAUAAUGAUGCAAAAAAUCCUAAUUUCUUUGUUUAUCAAGUGACAUUUGAGCUACCAUUUACUGUUGAAAUAGUCUUUGAAUCCGGCAGUCAUUUAAAGAGAAAAACAUCAUUAUCUGGAAAUGAUUUUUUAAAAGAACUUUCCGUUAAAGUGCAGAACUAUGAUAUAAAGUUUGAGAAAGUUUUUAAUUUAAGCAGCAAGGGUUAUUCAAAUGAAGAGAUUUCAUUUGCAAAAGCUGCAAUUAGCAAUAUGAUUGGUGGAAUAGGGUAUUUUUAUGGAAAUUCAUUGAUAAAAACAGCUAAUUCCAAGGAGCCAUACGAGUAUUGGAAAUCAGAUUUAUUAACUGCUGUCCCAUCUCGCUCAUUUUUCCCGAGAGGAUUUUUGUGGGAUGAAGGUUUUCAUCAAUUAUUGAUUCAACGUUGGGAUUCGCGUAUUACACAAGAUGUGCUUUCUCACUGGUUAAACUUGAUUAAUUAUCAUGGAUGGAUACCUCGUGAGCAAAUUCUUGGUGUUGAGGCAAAAAAAAAAGUCCCUGAUGAAUUUGUGGUUCAACAUUACGAAAAUGCAAAUCCUCCCACAUUUUUUCUAACGUUACAAGCGCUUAUUGACAAUGAGAAAUAUGAUGUUUCUCCUAGUUUAAUUAAAUUUCUUCGUGUUGUUUACCCUCGCUUAAAUGCUUGGUUCCAGUGGUUUAAUAUUACACAAGUUGGAAAAGUUGCAGGAACAUAUCGUUGGCGUGGACGCGAUGCAAAGAUUCAGCAUGAACUCAAUCCAAAAACUUUGACUUCUGGUUUGGAUGAUUACCCACGCGCUUCUCACCCAUCAUCUGAUGAGCGACAUGUGGAUCUUCGAUGUUGGAUUGCUGUUGCUGCUGGUGUCCUUGCUGAUAUUGCUGAUAUAAUUGGAAUAAACUCAAAAAAGUUUCGUGAGACUGAAGUUUUUUUGAAAGAUAAUAAACUUUUAGAUAAAUUACAUUGGUCUGAAGGCUUUAAUUCUUAUGCAGAUUAUGGAAAUCACACAAAGAAUACCAAACUUGAAUGGGUGAUGGUUGGGCAACCACCACAACAGCAAAGAAAGCUUUUAAGAGUUAUCAAAAGUGAGCCUUCUUUAAAGUUUGUUGAUGAAUUUGGAUAUGUGAGCAUUUUCCCAUUUUUAUUAAAGAUUCUAGAGCCUACAUCUUCUAAACUAAAGAUCAUCCUUGAUGAUUUGUAUAAUCCAAAGAAACUAUGGACACCAUAUGGUUUGCGAUCUUUAUCAAGUUCUGCUUCUAUGUACAAUAAACGGAAUACAGAGCAUGAUAAACCUUACUGGAGAGGCCCAAUAUGGAUAAAUAUCAACUUUUUGGCUAUAAAAGCUUUACAGUUUUAUUCAACUGCACAAGGACCGUACAUGGAGCUGUCUCAGCAAAUCUAUAAGGAGUUAAGACAUAAUAUAGUAAGCAAUGUAUAUCAACAGUACAAAAAAACGGGGUAUAUUUGGGAGCAGUAUGAUGACGUAAGUGGAGUGGGGCAAGGAUGUUAUCCAUUUACAGGGUGGUCUGCACUUGUGACAUUAAUGAUGGCAGAAGAAUAGCUUAUUUAAAGAAGCUAAAGAACAUUAGACUAAUUUUGAAUUUGGACUUGAAUUUAAUUGGAUUUGAAUUUGAACCAUUGAAUUUGGUUUCAAAUUUUUUUAUUGAAUUAUAUAACUUUGUAAUAGUUUUAUAUAUAUAUAUUUAUUGAAUUUUGUGAGAAUUGGCUGAAUUUUGUGAGAACGGCUGAAUUUUGUGAGAAUGGCUGAAUUUUACAUUUUAUUAGGUAUAAGUUUUACAAGUUUAGAAAUAAAUUUUGAAAUAUUUGUAUUAUGGCGCUUAGAUACUACCAAACUUUUCACAUAUAAUAGUAUAUGCAUUUAUAAUUGUAUUUAUUAUUAGCUGUUAUUGAAUAAUCGUUAUUAUAUUUGUUAUUAUAUUUGCAUGUAACUAAUAAUAAUCGUUAUUAUAUUUGUUAUUAUAUUUGCAUGUAACUAAUAAUAAUCUUUAUUA